AUGGGGUGGAGGAAUGCGUUUGACAAUGCGAAGCCAGUGUUCGUGACUAUAUACGCCACUGUAAUAAUUGGGAUCAUCUUCUCGUCUUUGUAUGUGAUAUCAGCCAUUUACUCUGGCAAGUCUGCUGUAGAUUACACCACCUUCUGGCUUUCCCAUGUAGGUUCUCCUCCUGUAGAGCAAGCACCCAAUGUUUCUCAAGUUCAAGCAGUUCCCAAACCUUCACUAGAGCCUCGAAGCAUGUCAACAAGACCCAUUUUGGAAGCUCCUCUACUCACAAAGAAAAUGCCACCCUUGAAGAAAUUUAGACUGAGCAAAGAACUGGUUCAGGAAAGAGUGAAGGAUAACGUCAUUAUUGUGACCUUUGGGAAUUAUGCAUUCAUGGAUUUUAUCCUGACUUGGGUUAAACACUUGACUGAUCUGGGGCUUUCUAACCUUCUCACUGAUAGGGAGAUUGGAUCUUCAGCAGGGGAGAAGGUGAGGACCUUCGGUAUUUGGAGAACCUACAGAAGACAAGAAGGAAGAAGGAAUCAUCAAGCUUCGGACAUCGGUGUGGUGCUUGCCGAAAACUCUCUGAUGCUUAAGUAA